AUGGUCACAUUCCCCAAUAUUCUGAGCGAGUCGCGCGACUUUUCGGUUCCGUUUGAUGGUUUGGCCUUUCAUGCAUUAACCGCAAGCAAACGAGACAAUAUAAAGUGCAACCCACAUGCGUGUUGUUAUAAUUUGUCGCAUAUUGUACAGGGAAAACCGUUGAGCCGUCAUGCGUCUCAUCAUUCAAACCGCAAUUAUGGUCAUUUUCUUCUGGCUGAGGCAGUCACUCUCGCAGAGUACGAACCAAGGAGCAAACAAUUAUGUCUGCAUAUGUGA